UUUUAAGUGAUGCAAUAAUUGUGUCUGUGGAAUACCUGAGGGCACCGAUGAAUCAUUAAGCCCACGCACACUUGGACACACUUGCCACACACACACACACACACACACACGUUCAUUGUACUCGCACAUGUAGAACACACACACACACACACACACACACACAGAUAAAUCUCUGUUCAGAAGACUUGCUCAUACACACAGAGAGUCACCACGAGCAGAGAGAGAGACAGAGCCCCGGCAUCGGUGAGGAUACAGCGCAUCCCUCCGGAGCUGAGGAUGUGUCCGGGAGCAUGAGCGCUGGUGGGAAGGAGCAUGACAUGCUGUGUCAGAAAGCCGUGGCCCUCAUAGCUGACCUCUGCAUCCAGGACAGUCCUGCGUUAGACCCCGGCACCUGCGAGGAGUUCCUCUUCCUCAUCGCCAACCAGGACUUCAGCCACAACCCUCCCGCCUCGGACGUCACCGUUGGCCUCCCCGUUGGCGUGCUGGUGGCGUGCGGUCUGGCCCUGCUGCUGCUGGUGGCGUUAGCCUCGUGGAAGCUGUGCUGGGUGCCUUGGCGCAACAAGGCGGUUUCCUCCGGCUCCGCUCUUUCCCCGGACGAGUGCCCCGCCUCCCUGCAGCCAGAGCCGCUCUCGCUCCUGCCCAGCCCUCAGCAGCCGCUGAUCAGCAUGGCGUCGGAGAAAGUGAAGGACUCGCUGUCGCCCAUGGGCUUCCUGGAGGCGGCGGUGAAGAUCAGCCACACGUCGCCUGACAUUCCCGCAGAAGUGCAGCUUUCCAUGAGGGAGCAUUUCCUGCGACGCACCCAGCGCAUGCAGCGGCAGACCACCGAGCCCGCCUCCUCCACCAGGCACAGCUCCUUCAAACGUCACCUGCCUCGUCAGAUGCAGGUGUGCAGCCUGGACCUGGGGAAUGACUACGUGGACGUGGACGAGCAGCCCACCAGCAUCGGCCGCAUCAAGCCGGAGCUGUACAAGCAGGCGACGCUGGAGAGCGAGGAGUCGGCCAAGAACGCAGGAGGAAAGAACUGCGGCAAGAUCAACUUCUCGCUGCGCUACGACUACGAGAACGAGAUGCUGCUGGUGAACAUCCUCAAAGCCUUCGACCUGCCGGCUAAAGACCUGUGCGGAAGCUCGGACCCUUACGUCAAGAUCUACCUGCUGCCCGACCGCAAGAAGUUCCAGACGCGGGUUCACCGCAAGACCCUCAACCCCACCUUCAACGAGUCCUUCCAGUUCCCGGUUUCCUACGACGAGCUUCCCGCCAGGAAGCUCCACCUCAGCGUCUUCGACUUCGACCGCUUCUCCCGCCACGACAUGAUCGGCGAGGUGGUGCUGGAAAACCUGUUGGAGGACUCGGAUCUCUCGCGGGAGACUUCCAUCUGGAGGGACAUUCAGUACGCCACCACGGAGAGUGUGGACCUGGGGGAAAUCAUGUUCUCACUAUGUUACCUGCCCACUGCUGGAAGACUCACUCUGACUGUUAUCAAGUGCAGGAACCUCAAGGCCAUGGACAUCACCGGAUAUUCAGAUCCGUAUGUAAAAGUGUCUCUUAUUUGCGACGGGAGACGCCUGAAAAAGAAGAAGACCACCAUCAAAAAGAACACACUUAACCCCACCUACAACGAGGCCAUCAUCUUCGACAUUCCCCCGGAGAGCAUGGACCAAGUCAGCCUCCACAUCUCCGUCAUGGACUACGACCUGGUGGGUCAUAAUGAGAUAAUUGGAGUGAACCGUGUGGGCUGUGGAGCCGAGGGUUUGGGUCGAGACCACUGGAACGAGAUGCUGGCGUACCCCCGAAAACCCAUUGCACACUGGCACCCCCUCCUGGAGUCCAAAAAAUCAGAGAAAGAGUGGAAAACCAGGACAGCCAGUUUUGACAGUCAGGGCUCUUGCCCCUCCCCUAAAGCUCCAGCCAGCCCAUGAGGAGAAGCACAUCUUCACCCAGAGGACCCGGAACCCUUUCCCUGACUGACUGUCUGAGUGCUCAAGGAAAAUGUGCUCAAAAAAUUGUUAAAAAUGUAAAAAACUAAACUGAAAACAAAGCCAGGGCCGUCUCCAGGUCUCGCCUUUCCCUGACGGAGAGGGAAGGAUUUACUGCAGGAGCUUCAACGGCCACUAAGCACUGAUCUGAGACCAGUUUCUCAAACAUCCCUUGAGUCGAAAAGCUCAAAAGCUGAUUUUCUGUCAGUUCUUGAAAAAAGAAGAAGAAGAAGAAGAAGAAGAACAAGAAGUCGUAGAGACUCUUUCUUUCUUUCUUUCUCUCGUUUGUUCUGUCUCUUUCUCUCGUAUUUUUAAUAAAUAAAGAAGAGUAAAAUAAAGAGCCAGGCCUAUUGUUACGGCUAUAUGGAAUUGUCAAGCAGAAGGGCUUCCUUUCUCCACCGUUAAAAAAGCUUUUAAAAAAGCGAGAUAAGUGAGGCGAAUGAAAUCUGACCACAGAUUUUUACAGAGAAAUGUGAAGAAGUGGAGAUUUAACGUUUUUUUUCCUUGCCGGCUCUUUGACGAUCACUUCAUUCAGAGCUUGGACGGUUGAAAAAUGGAGGAUUAGCUUAUCUCGCAGAGCCGAGGGUCCGGAGAUUUGGAGGAAAAUGAAUGGACAGAGCUCAAGCACAGCUGACUACAGGAAAAAAGAGUGUGUCGAGAGUGUGAGAGUUUCGUAGCGGCGAAAACGCUGAUAGCAGUAAGAAGGAGGAAGAAGAAGAGGAAGAGAUUGGAACGCCAAUUGUUGAUCUCAACAAUUGAACGAAUGAACCACCUCCUCUACUUAUCCGUCUCGGUGAACGGUGUGGUGAAUGAAAAAAGACAUGAAUCGCUGAGACUCAAAUAAUAAAAAAAUAAAUAAAUAAAACCCCCAGUCCAUCCCGAGUUUGUUGAUGUCGUAAAUGAUGAGAAAUGAUGUUGUUCGUAUGUCAUAAAAAGAGGCUUUCGCCACAUUCGCCAGUUUCAGAAGAGCACAAUGAUCUCCAGAGCUUUCUCUCCUCACCCUCUAAAGACCCUCAGCUCCUCAGAGCAGAAGACGCAUCCUAAUCCCAACACUUGAAGUCUUUAUUUAUAUAUGGUGAAUAUAUUUGUAUUUGUAAAUGAUAUGGAGUGAAUGGGAGCACUCCACAUUUAUCUGUGUACAGAAGUUUCCUUAUGUAGCUGUAUCCUGGGCAUUCGAGGUUUAAAGUGAUUAGAUGUAACAUGAUGACCAUCCUGAUCGUCUCUUUGUGUUUUAGCAUCACUUUUUAGUCUUUAAUCUUAGUUUAACGUUUUAAUUGUGAUUCUGAACAAAAGCAGUUCUUACUUCUGUCAUUCUGGACUUUGUUUUAGU